AUGAUAGCUUUGCAUUUGAUUAAAGGUGAGUGUGAGAUUGUGUGCGUUGCCCCCUCCUCUGGGCGGGUACCGGCGACCGACCAAUUGGGUCGAGCGGCGCGCGACGCCGGUCCAAAGUCACUCAACGCGGCGCUGCUGCCGUUGCCGCACGCUACGUUCCGCUCCCGCUCCGGCCGUGCUGCCCCGCCGCCGCCAGUACUAAGCCAUGACCUUAAUCCUUUGACUCAUUACACCGACUUACUGACACCGCAGCGCACUUACACUUCUACACUGCUUGCACACUCGCCUCUUGUAUCUGACCCUCCUAAAACUGCCACAAAAACUGUACACGGUUUCAACAAACUAGUUUGA